CCACCGGCACCAUGAGAGCUGUCCAGUACUGUCCGCUGCUCCUGCUUACCCUGGUCCUGCUAUUAACCAACAGUGAGGCUUUGCAAUGUUUUACCUGUAUGGGCUCCAACAACGAGGACUGCAACCGACAAGGCUCCAAAUCGUGUCCCAGCUACUCUGACGCCUGUGCUGUGGUGGUGGGCCAUGACAGUGGGGUGAUGAAGUCAUGCUCCUACAAGUCUUUUUGCAGUCAGGCCAACAGCCAGGGCUACAGGGCACCAGGCGUCAGAGUCCACUGCUGCUACAGCAACGAUUGCAAUGUGACAAGCUUCGCCUCUCCGCUGCCAGGACUCAACUACCUGCUGCUGCUCCUGCCUCUGUUGUUCCUCUGCUUUUUCAAGUAGAUGUUUCGGCACAACUUCAUCGUGCCUACAAGUAUCCACCUGAACGUCUCGACGCCGACCACUGUUGUUCUCAGUCAGCCCCCCCCCCCAAAAAAAGCUGAAUAACGCUGUGCAAUUUGAUGCUACACUUCUCGUCCUACUUUCCACCACUUCACUCCACUCAACGUAAACACUGACAUCCUGGAGUUGCUGAAGAGCUUGAGGUGCUAGGUGUGACUGUGUGGAUUAUACGCACCGUGUUGGAUUGAAUCCAUUAAGCGGUGCUCAAGUAGAUGCGACUUUCAGUGGAUUUCGCUAAGCCAAUAAGUAGAGGAUCCUGAGGGAAGUGCUGAAAUAACAGGCAGAGCUAAUUUAUUAUUUGCCUCUUACAUUAAAGAGGGGAGAGAUACUGUUCUAGUUCUUUUAGUUCAUUUGCUUAACGAACUGUUGAACCAAUAGGCUCGAGAAUCUCAUUGACUUUUCACUUUUCAAGUCACAUUUCUGCCGAGUCUGUUGUCUCUUUUCUUACCUACGUACCCACAUGCCAAAGUUAUUCCAGCAGAGCUUGUGCUGCAGGAGAUGCCAUUGUGACUAAAUAUGGCACCAAGAGUUCAGUCAGGGUGUCGUUACAUCAUCAGCCCCUCCACCUGUCAAUCACGCAUCUGACGAGCAGUGCAGGAUAACUUGGGAGGUGGCGAGGAAACACUUCUCACACGCCGCAAAUCUACAUAAGCCUUUUACAUGGCCAAGCACGUUACACUUAUGAGGUUAAUCCACUGUGUUUGAAAAGAAUUACUGAGUUUAUAAACAGAGUGAGGGUGAGCAGACCUCACCACAGGUUGAGGCCUGUACUCUAUAAGUUGAGUCUACUGUACAUAUUGUAUAGAAAAUGUCCGUGAAUGAAAACCACAACACGACAAUCCACACUGUUUGCUGAGGGUUUUUUUUGGGCAGUUAUUUUAUGAACUAUAUUAAAUCUAUAACCUGCAGAAGUUACAGUAUCUGUAUCGUAAUAAUAUAGCAUAAA